GCACCGCCCUAGAGCAGUGCGACCGAGCGCAUGUGCAAGUGGAGGGCCGCUUUGUGUCAGUACUGCGGGCCCGUGAUGGCCUACACUGCAUAGACUCCGUUUGCUACCACACUGGCGGUCCACUGACCAUUGGGGACAUCGAGGAGACGGCGGACAUUAACGGGGACCUUUGCGUGCGCUGCCCCUGGCACGACUACAGCGUCCGGCUGUCGGAUGGGGCCAAGCCGUACCAAGCAAUGAAGCUGGAUCCCAAGACGAAGAAGCUGAGUCCUGACGGCUGGAAGCACCUCAGCUUCCU